AUGACGACGCGCGAGGCGACGGCCACGGCGACGUCGUACGCGCCGUCGUUCGAGGACAUCGAUGGCUACGUCACGAGCGCGCUGGACGCCAUAGACGGCGCGGCGGCGACGUUGUUUUCGAGCGAUGAGCACGCGGCGAUCGAUGAUCCAACGACGACGAAAACGACGCGAACCGCCGCGAAGUGGGCGGACGUUCGGUGGGACGCGUGCGCGACGAACGUGAAAGACGUGCUCGAAGUCAUCGAGGCGUCGCGGGAGACUGAGAAGGAGAAACGACGGGUGUUGAAGCGAAUCUUAGGCGACUCGAGCGGCGACGCCAAGGCGACGACGAUGGCGCUCACGGAGGAGAUUAAGCGCCUGAAUGAGUCGAGAGAGGAAGUAUUCGGAAAGGUUUUAGAUGGCUUGAUGACGACGAUUGAGGGCGUUUUCGCGUUGCCGGACCCGACGGAGGCUCUGCAGGCGAGCGCGCGUUGGAGACGCGAACGGGACGCGAUGGCGGUGGAGCGAGACGCCGCGAUGAAGAGAGCCGAGGCGGUGGCGGGCACGGGUGCGAACGCGUCGGAACUUCGAGAAAAGCUCGCCGAGGAGACGCGAAGCGUAAUCCGGGUGAUGGAGGCGAAGAAGCGAGCGGCGGAGACGAGUGCGGAUACGGCUCGCGCGGACGCAGCCAAGGCGAGCCAAAAGCUCGAGGAACUGCACAAGUUGUACGAUGAAUCGCAGAGUAAGCUCUUUGAACUCGAGGAACGCGUGGAAUCCGAUGCCGCACGGCAAAAGGCGGAGCGCGAGGAGCUGAGGGCUCUAGGCGAGGAGCUGCGUGAGCGCGAGAGCGCGCUCAAUCAAGCGGCGCAGGAACAUCGACGAAAUGAAAUCGCUACGGCAAUUCGCUCAGAUAACGACGAUGCGGCGCUUCGCGAAAAACUCGCGGUAAAAGAACGAAUGGUUUCACAGCUCGCAUCUUCGCUCGAAGCCGCGGAGGCAUCGGCGAAGGCGGCAAGGGCGGAGCGUGACGACGAAAAGGCAAAGCUCGAAUUGCAGAUCUUGCAACUAAGAGACGAGUUAGCCAAGUCCAUCAACGCGAGACCGGUUGUGGACGUGUCUGCGCACGAGGCAGAGAUCGCGCAGUUAAAAUCAAGGGUAAAGAUGCUUCAGGAGAUCGCGGGUGUCAGCGCGAAUGAUGAUGGCGACACGGAAGAGACCUCAACGAGCGCCGCGGCGAUGGAAUCGUUGCGAGAGCGCAACAAGAAGGCUUCGGCUGAGCUCGUCAUCGCGCGAAGGGAGCGAGAGGAAGCGAUCACCAAGGCGGAGAUUGCCCAGAGUGCGCAGGCCGUAGUCGAGCGAAAAUAUGCCGAAGCGGCAGCGAUGGUGACGACGCUCGAGCAGGAUCUGAGUAUAAAGUUGGCAAAAAUCGUCGAGGAUAGAAUCAACGCGAGUUCUGCCGGCGCCGACGCGAAAGAUUCCGACCUCUUGGCUAUUCUCACGUCCCAGCGUGAUCGAUUCAAACGACGAGUGGGCGAGCUCGACGAACGCGUCGCGAGGUUGGAGCAGGAGAAAGUCGUCGCGGAGGACGCGCUGAAGAAGAAGGAGAACGACUCCAUCGCUCUCUUCGAGAAACUUCAAUACGUGCAGAACUACUAUGCAAAGAACGCGUCGGCAACGGGGAGAACAACGAUUCUACGCGUUGACGACGCCGGGGUGCCUGUGGCACCGACCGCGGCGCAGAACCAAAGUGCGAAGAACGCGCGUUACUCGUGCGGCGCCGUGUCGGUGAACAUCGAGAGCGAGAAAUCUGCCGCCGCCAUAGAGGGCAUACGACGUCGCGCCGCGAGGUACGGCUGUUUCGCCGGCGCCGGCGCGGGUGAUGAGAUUCCGGGCGGAGACGAGGCAGGUCUCGUGUCGCGUUACCGACGCAAGUACCUCGCUCGACUCAACCCGUUCGCCGCGUUUCGACGAGACGCGCAGGACGAAUCCGUCGGCGCCCUCCCUCUUCACGACCGCGUCGGUCUCACGGGUGGGAAACUGCUCAUGACCUCGCGCGCCACGCGCGCGACGUUCUCCCUGUACAUCAUCUUCCUCCAUCUCUAUCUAUUCACCAGGGCGUUCGCGUCUUCGUAG